AUGUGUUGUCUGCCAGAAGAGGGAAAUGGUACCUCUCUCGGCCUGACCGAACUUUCGCCCGGCGACCAUGUCGAAUGGAGGCAGGCCGGUGAUAACGUUUCGGCCAAUCAUGGACGGGUGAACUCAAGCUUCGGCGUCGCACAGGCUCUCUCACCCCCUUUACGGGACGACUGGCGAGCCAUCCUUGGCCGAGUGAUCGGCCGUCUCGGUGGCCGGCACUGGGCGGUCUACAGUACGUCGCCUGACUGGCUACGACCCCAAAAUGCUGUAUGCAAAAUGGGCCCUACCAGAGUCUUCUCCCAAUCGCUCGUGUCGCCUCAUCCGAGCUGGGACGAGACGAACACGAUGAUUGGCACCUGCCCCAUUCACAAAUGCCCAGUUCUGCAGAAGCCACAGAAAGACUAA